AGAUGUCCGGGUAUCGAGUGGUGGGAGGUGGGGGAGACGGAAGGGGAGGCCAGACCUAGACCAGAUGCCAGUGCUCCCCCUCGUCGCCGCUUCUACCUUUGCCUCCGCGUCACGGCCACGCCAUCGUUCCUUUCUAGUGGUGAUCGCGUUAGCGCUGUCCACUUUACUCCGGAGGAAAGUUUACGGUGGAUUGUGCGUUGCUUCAGUAGCGAGGAAGAUCUAGAUCGGGAGAGAUUUGAAGGUCGUGCGAGGGCGCGAGGGUUGUGCGAGCGGUGAUAGUUUUGUUGGAACAAACUUGCCGCCUGUCUCGAGUUUUUUUCUUCUGAGCUAGACCCAUUAUCUUGGUAUAUCCUCGCAGAUUCGUCGCGUGCGGUGCCUUGUGUGACUGGGCUCAUCAUGGCGGAGUUCGAUGUGCCUGCGGCGAUGGACUUUUCUGUCGGCACGACAGAACAGAAGAUGGAUAUGAGUCUUGACGAUAUUAUCAAGCAGUCGAAGAAGGCUAACGCCAAAACUCGAAUUCCGAUCAAAGGAAGAAAUAAGACGCCAAACGCUCUUGCUGCUAAGGCUGCACUUCAAAAAUCUGUUGCUGCUCGAUCAUCAGGCAUGCGACAGGGGAAAUUUGCGGAGGCUAGAGCCCGUAAUGGCGCUGCUAGUUUUCCUGCUACUGCAGCUUCUAGUAAGAGAGCUUUCUCUGCCCCCAUUAGUACUCGAAGCAGGCAAAUCAUGAAAAGCAGCACUGAAAUGUCUGGAAGAACUGCAUUUGGAAGGAAGCGUAAUUUUCAGAGGGGUCCCAAUACCUUCCCUGUUGCUGCUCCGAACAUGACAGUGUCGGUCGUCAAUAAUGCGAGCAACGUCGGUACCGGCAGGGGAGCUGCUCACUCUCGAAGACGCACUGUAGGAGCCGCACCAUCAGUCUCGUUUCGACAGGUCUCAACUGAUAAUGCAAAUCACUUCCAAGCGCAGCCUCAGAGGCCCAAGACAUUGGACUCGUUGUUUGCAAGUAUUCGCAAUACUUCGCAACAAGCGGCACCGAAGUUUAACGUCCAGCAAGGUGGCCGCAGGAAAGGUGGCGGCGGCAUUGGUGGCAGAGGACGUGGGCAACAAAGUGUUUUCCGGACACAGCCAUUUUAGAGUGACCUUUGGAGUACUCCUAAAUUCAUCUUUAACAAGCUUUCACGUUUUCUAUGGUAAUUAGAAUUGAUAUCGGUUUGGAGUAGCGAAGGGUGAUGCUGUUUCUCACAUCCAGGAGAAUUAGUUAAGCAUAUUGUUUAUACUGGAUAGGUAUUUCUUUGGAUCAUUUUUCUGAACUUGAUCAUCAAUAUAGUAUAGUCGCUUGAUUCCGAAUUGUCCUUCCCUCCUUAAUGGCUACUUAGGAGCAUGUAAUUUUCUGGUUAUUUUAGGUGUCCACCAUGUGAAGCAGGAUGCGGUUUUUAAAUUUUCCAUGUGGCAUCGUUGUGUCAUGCCAAUCUCUAGAUCUAGAGAUGUACACUUCUAAGCACUGCGCGAACUGUGUUCAGCAUGUGAGGAUUUGUUUUCUACGGCAAGAACAGUUCAACGUCACGAGACUUGUAAUAUGUUCUGGGCACGGGUUCAGGACACUCUCGCCAGAUGGUUACAACAAAACAUAUCAUAAAUUGUUUUAUUGAAGCCAUGUGGUCCCUCUUACGAAUCCUAAUAUUUUCAAACAAUUAGACAU